AUGGCUCGUCUUACCUGCCCUCCAACCAGGGCACAAACCAUACCCCUCAAAGUCGAGGAGGCUUUUAAGCAAUAUCGCUACGUUCCAUACACAGCUCUCACACACGCAGCUCGCUCGAAGGCUUUCCUGCGUGGAGAGGACUCAGCCUUCAUCUUUACACAAGAUGGGCUUGCAGCUAAAGGUCUCGACCGUGCAAACGAGCUCUUGAUUGUAACAGUUGAUUGGAUAGCGGCAGCAAAGGCUGCUGAGGAUAGAACCCUGCACUAUUGGGGCGAGGCUCGGGCGUCAGCCCUUGUAUCUCACCAUCUUGUAGUUCUCGAUAUCGGCCGUACGCAUGGCUGCAAAGAGAAUUGGCUCAUGCCAACCACGAGCAUAAUCUUGCCAGCCUCGAUGUAG